UCUCUCUACGCAAUCCAAUCCCCCUCUCUUUCUCUCUCCCUCGCCCCAAAGAAACCCUCCUCCUUGGAGUUCUCUCUCUCUCUCUCUCUCUCUCUGUCUCUUCCUCUUCUGGGUGAUAGGAUCUUCUUUAGGGUUUUUUUUUAUGCUCCGAUCGAUCGCCGCCGCGUGAAUACGCAUGCUCUGCAGAUGAUCAGGUUGUGGCAUGGACUGGAGACCUUUAGCUGGUUUGAGAUCUUGUGAAAAUGUCCUCUUCUCAUAAGGGUGCAUUAUUUGCUCCCCUAAAAUUUAAAUGGCCGUGGAGAACUGAAUCACCUCUGAAUACUCAAUUGCUUAUUGAUAUUCCACCUGAGAUAGAAUUAUCCGAUUAUCGAAAAUUACCAAGCUCUGGCAGCGAGAGCCCAUCUAGCCUUCUUAAUGGUGAAGGUCUAAAGGCCAAGCCAAUCACUGAUUUAGAUGUGUUCUUUGAAAGGCUUUAUGAUUACUAUUGUGAAAAAGGUCUAUGGUGCAUCAUAGUUAAGUGGAUAGUAGAGAUACUCUGUGUCAUUUUCAUGGUAUGUUUUAUUGGUUUUUUCUUAUUAGUCCUUGAUUGGAAUGCUCUACGACAUGCAAAGUGUGGGAUAGAUGCCGUUGAGGCAGGAGAAAAGCCUUGUGAUCUGGCAAAGUUCAUUAAGAAGCAACCAUUAGUUCCCUUCACGUUUCCCAAAAUGGUUAUUGUGGGAUGUAUGGUUAUAUUGACAUUAUAUGGGUUUCUCAACUUUCUCAAGUUCUUUGUACAGUUACAGAAUACAGUGCAAAUUCGCCGAUUCUAUCAUAACUGUCUACAUGUUACAGAUCGUGAGAUACAGAUGACGGCCUGGCCAAAAAUUCUGGAGAAGGUUGUUCGACUACAAAGGUCACAACAACUUUGUGUUGUCAAGGAUCUAUCUGAACAUGAUGUGGUAAUGCGGAUAAUGCGCAAGGAAAACUAUUUAAUUGGUAUGCUUAAUAAAGGAAUCCUCUCCUUUCCGAUUUCUUGGUGGGUCCCAGGAGCUGGUCCAGCUGUCAAUUCCCGCAUAAAUGGAAGGAAAAAUCAUUUGAUACUCCCAAAGACUCUCGAAUGGACAUUAAAUUGGUGCAUAUUCCAAAGCAUGUUUGACAGAAAAUUCUGUGUUCGGAAGGAUUUCCUCACAAACCCAUCUUUACUUAGAAAUAGGCUUGUGUUCCUUGGAGUAGGGAUGCUCCUCAUAUCACCAUGUCUUGUUAUAUUCAUGCUGGUAUAUCUAUUCCUAAGUUAUGCUGAACAAUUUUACAAUCACCCAAGCACUGCGUCAUCUCGAAGGUGGUCAAACUUGUCAAAAUGGAUCUUGAGGGAGUUCAAUGAGGUUAACCAUUUGUUCAAACAUCGGCUUAACAACAGCGCAGUCCAUGCCUCAAACUACUUGAAGCAAUUCCCAUCUCCUCUUAUCUCCAUUAUUGCAAAAUUUAUCUCUUUUGUUUCUGGUGGCUUUGCCGCCAUUUUAAUCAUCGUAGCAGUCUUGGACGAAUCUUUGCUAGAGGGACAUAUAUUUGGCCGGAAUUUGUUCUGGUAUGCUGCUGUUUUUGGGACGGUGACAGCUAUAAGUCGUGCUGCUGUGAGUAAUGAGCUCCAAGUUCUUGAUGCUGAGGGAGCAAUGACCCUUGUUGUCCAGCAAACUCAUUAUAUGCCGAAGAGGUGGCGUGGCAAAGAAAAUACUGACUUAGUGCGAAGAGAAUUCGAAACUUUAUUUCAGUAUACUGGAAUGAUGUUGCUAGAAGAGAUGGCCUCGAUACUCAUCACUCCUUACUUGCUAAUAUUUGUGGUACCGAAGAGGGUUGACGACAUUUUGCGUUUUGUUUCGGACUUCACCAUUUAUGUUGAAGGAGUUGGCGAUGUUUGCAGCUUAAGUUUGUUCGACUUUGAAAGACACGGAAAUAGGAACUAUGCUUCUCCAUUUGGUGCAGUUAAAUAUAUGAGGAGUUCCCAGGGGAAAAUGGAGAAAUCAUUCUUAAGCUUUCAGAGCACCUAUCCAUCCUGGGAACCAAGCGAGCAUGGUCGAAGAUUCCUCUUCAACCUCCAGAAAUUCAAAGAGCAAAAAAUGCGCCACACAUCAAAUCAGGAAUAUUCUACAAGUCAAAUACACCGGUUGUCCUCAACAAUUCGAAGCCACGGCGAUAAUCUAAUUCACAGAUUCCCCUCGAGGAGCAUGCGCCCGCCCGACAACUUUGAUUCACUGUUGUCUGUGAAUUUGGAUCAAAGGGCUCAACCCUAUCUGCUCGACUGGUAUUACACUUCACCACCGGCCAAUGCGGACAACUCAGAGGAAUCCCCUUCGCCACCUAAUGAAGCAGCUAUCCGAAACAAAGCGCUAUCAGAAAUAGAAGAGGAGGAUGACAGCUGGGCCCCACGUUUCUCCGAUCGGGUUCAGAGCCACUUGGAGGCUUCCACGUCAAAUUCUUUCCUCAGAAACGAAGCAUAUCAUCACCACAACCUAGAACAGCAUGCCUUUAAUAAGUGGUGGGACCGCACUGUUCCCCAAUCGUCCGACCCUCAAACCAGCUUCCUCGAGCCCCCCGUCUUCAACCAUCACAGUAUACCGAACCACAAUUUUAGCCAUCAUAGUGAUGAUGUAUCCUAUCGAAGCAUGGAGGAGCAAGAAGAGAAUGACGGCGGCGGCCGCGGCGGUGGGAGCGAGGGAGAAUGGCCGAACUCCAAUUCCUUGUCGAGGACGAGAUAUAUAGAAGACUCCGACCAAGAGGAAGAGUUUGGCUUACAUUUCGCCGAUACCCCAGAAAGGAACGAGGGCUCGAGUGGUCGGGUAAGUGAUAUUUACGGCGGGCCAUUGGUAAGCCUCCCUGUAAGGAUAAUACCUAGGAGCAACGAUCCGGUUUAGGUUUUAAGCAUUAAAUUACUGUGAUUACUGUGAAAAGGACUACACAAAUUGUUUCAAUAGGAAGGUUUAUCAACAAAGAAAGGCGGUAUUCAUUUACACAGUGGAGAAAGUUUAAGUUACCAAACUGUGAGAGGGGAAUCUGCUAUUCUUUUGUACAUAAAUUCAUUGCUGUCUAAAAAUGUUCCUCUGUGGUCUUACACUUUCUGUUCUAACCAAACAAUGGGAAACUAAUAUACUCUUCCACUGUUACAUUACAGUAUUAAACAGUAAAUGUGCCCUUUUGAUGACUAUAUUUCA